AUGUUGUAAUCAUUUGCUAGCAAUGUCAGCUGUCCGAAUCACAACCAACCAAUCAGUUAUAUUGACACCAAGAAGGACACACCUAUCAAUAACAGGGCCAAGUGUUUGAAUUGCACACCUUUGAAUGAUGCUGUUCCAUUGAAAACUGCUCUGGAGAAAUUCAAGAAAUUGAAAGAAGACGAAAAAUAAUAGAUUAGAAAUUAUAGAAAAAACAAGGUCUACGAUUUCUUGGAAUUCAAGAAGGUCAUUCAUCAACUUUCUGAAUCCAUUUCGCAAUCUCUCAAUGAAAUUAGUAAAUAAAUCAAUGAAAGAAUCGAAAAGAUUGUCGGAGUCAUUCAAUAAGCCUAAUCAGUGCAAUGGCAAUUCGAUAUUAACGAGUAUUUGACCAUAAGUGGAUUGCAAAACGUAGGAUUACAAUUAAGUUAGUAAGGAAAUGAGUUUUCACUAAUUAAAGCUGGUUACUCUGUGGUUCAAAUGAAGAAGGAACAACAAUUGUAAACCACUCUUUCCAAUUAUCAAAACAACAUCAAGUCUAUCCAAAGCAAUAUGGAAAUACUCAAAGAAUCACUAACCACCAAUCUUAUUAUUAAUGAAGAAAUCGUAGGGAAGGCUGUCUAGAAGGAAAAAUGUUUAGCCACAGCCUUCAACAAAGACAAUUCCAUAAUGAUAAGCACAUCAGAAGAACUCAUUAAGGUCUGGACUUUCGACAAUGGCAAAUUGGAAUUGUUUCAAACAUUGAAAGGACAUGACAAAGAAGUCACCUGUCUCUAUUUCAGUCGUAAGAAUAAUUGGUUCAUCUCUGGAAGUCGAGACAAGACUCUAAGAAUAUGGAAGGAGUUUAGUAAUAGUGAAUGGGGCUGUAUAUAGAUUUUAGAAGGCAAUAGUUUUUGCAUUAAUUGUGUUAUUAUAAACUAAUAUGAAGAUCAAAUCCUAUCCAGUAGAGAUGAUAACAAAAUCAAGGUAUGGAUGCAAGAAUCCUUACUGACUUCAUAAUAACCACAAUGGAAAUGCUAUUAAACUCUACAGGAUCAUAAGAAAGAUGUUUAUUCAUUGAGUUUAAACUCAGCUGGCACCAUGUUGGUUUCUGGCUCUUAUGAUAAAACCAUAAUCAUCUAUGAGUUCGAUGAUUAGUAAUAAUGGAGAUUAAAGCAAGUGAUAUAAAAUGAUUAUGAAAAUUGGGUGCAUUCGGUUUGUGUCAUCAAUGAUAAGUUGAUUGCCACCAAGUUAUAUAAUGGAGUGGUUAUUCUUUAUCAAUAUAUGGAGUCGGUUGAAUCAUUCGAAUAGAUUCAAGAACUGGAACUCAGUAAGUCGAAGAUGAGUUACUUCGAUUUCUUCCACAUGUUCUACAAUCAGUAAUUGUAAUCCAUCUUCUGUCGUCAUCUAGAUUGCAUUUACAUUUUAUUCCAAUAAACUACAGGGAGAUAUGGAGUCCAAUAGAAAAUCGCAGACAAUUAUAGAGGUGGCAGCUUGACUGACAAUGGAGAAUACAUUGCCUUGUGGAAUAAUAAUACUAAAUAAUUAGAAAUAAGAUAACAGGAGUGA